CACCUUAAUCAUAUUUCGAAAAGAUUUUAGUCAGACGAUUGGAUUUUUAAAUUGCAAAAAUACGGUCCAAAGAUAAGUUAUCAAUUGUAAUUUCGCAAGUAUGUUCUGAAUGUCUAUAAGCUACAACGAUAAGUACUGCGAAUUGUUCUGACAGUAAAUUGCUAAACGGGAAAAGAGGUCUAGUCGACACGGUCGUCUGCACUAGAAAUUUUAAUUUUCUUUGCUUUACAACCAAUAGAAUUUUCAGCAACUGAUAGGUCCUGUCCUUAGUAGCACACACAGGUGAGCUAACUCUUUAACUCUAAAAGCAGCAGCAACAGCGACAUUUUCAAACCAAUCCUAAAAAGCAAUAAAUUUUGGAGUGUGUGUAGUUGGCGUGCAGUAAGCUUUAGCGGAAACAUUACAAUAUGCGCGAAAUAGUACAUAUUCAAGCUGGGCAAUGUGGCAAUCAGAUUGGUGGAAAGUUUUGGGAAGUGAUAUCUGAUGAACAUUGCAUCGAUGCUACAGGCACCUAUUAUGGUGAUAGCGAUUUGCAAUUAGAACGCAUUAACGUCUACUAUAAUGAAGCGACUGGUGCCAAAUAUGUACCUCGUGCCAUUCUUGUCGACUUGGAGCCGGGCACCAUGGACUCGGUACGCUCUGGCGCCUUCGGACAGAUCUUUCGGCCAGACAACUUCGUGUUUGGACAGUCAGGCGCGGGCAAUAAUUGGGCUAAAGGCCAUUACACAGAAGGCGCUGAAUUGGUCGAUUCAGUCCUUGAUGUGGUAAGGAAAGAGUCUGAAGGAUGUGAUUGCUUACAGGGGUUUCAGUUAACGCAUUCCCUUGGGGGUGGUACGGGCUCCGGCAUGGGCACGUUGUUGAUAUCGAAAAUUCGAGAAGAGUACCCAGACCGUAUUAUGAACACAUUUUCAGUGGUACCUUCGCCAAAGGUGUCGGAUACUGUCGUAGAACCAUAUAAUGCCACACUUAGCGUCCAUCAGCUAGUGGAAAAUACUGAUGAGACAUAUUGUAUCGACAACGAGGCUCUCUAUGAUAUUUGCUUCCGAACACUCAAACUAACUACUCCCACUUAUGGCGAUCUUAAUCAUUUGGUUUCGGCAACAAUGUCUGGUGUUACGACAUGCCUUCGCUUUCCUGGCCAGCUUAAUGCAGAUCUUCGGAAGUUGGCUGUGAAUAUGGUGCCAUUCCCACGAUUGCAUUUCUUUAUGCCUGGAUUCGCUCCGUUGACUUCGCGUGGUUCGCAACAAUAUCGUGCAUUAACUGUGCCCGAACUAACGCAACAAAUGUUCGACGCUAAAAAUAUGAUGGCUGCUUGCGACCCACGUCAUGGUCGUUACUUGACUGUGGCAGCUAUCUUUCGAGGACGUAUGUCUAUGAAGGAAGUUGACGAACAAAUGCUGAAUAUCCAAAACAAAAAUAGCAGUUUCUUCGUAGAAUGGAUUCCGAACAAUUGCAAAACAGCGGUAUGCGACAUUCCUCCGCGUGGUCUAAAGAUGUCAGCUACAUUCAUUGGCAAUUCUACUGCGAUUCAGGAAUUAUUCAAAAGAGUUUCAGAACAAUUUACGGCAAUGUUUAGGCGCAAAGCUUUUUUGCAUUGGUACACCGGUGAAGGUAUGGACGAGAUGGAAUUUACCGAGGCUGAAAGCAAUAUGAAUGAUUUGGUAUCGGAAUAUCAGCAGUACCAAGAAGCAACUGCUGAUGAAGAGGGAGAAUUCGACGAGGACGAGGAAGGAGGAGGCGACGAAUAACAGCUGCAUCAUAUCAACUGAUACUAGCCAGAGUGAGCCCAUUUGUCUGACUCAGAAGUUUGCUAAUAUUAACGCUGCAUCUUGGGGCCACUAAAUCGUAAAUUUCGAUUGUAGCAUGAUUAGUUUUUAAUUUACACCACAACGAGUAACUUAUGUUAUGCUAUUGAUUUCAUUCCCUUCUCAAUCUAUGUAAUGCGUACGCUUUUUAGUGAAAUUUAUUUUUAAAACGAA